GCCUCCGGUGUCCCUGGGCUGUCGGGGGCGGCGGCGGCGGGAGGCGGUGUACGCGCUGAGGGGCAUAUCGGCCAUGACUGACGAGCUGCAGCAGGACGACGGGGCGGGAGCGGCGGACUGCCACGGAUCGAGUUGCCAAAUGCUGCUAAAUCAGCUGAGAGAAAUCACAGGCAUCCAAGACCCUUCCUUCCUUCACGAAGCUUUAAAGGCCAGUAAUGGGGACAUCACCCAGGCUGUCAGCCUUCUCACUGAUGAAAGAGUUAAGGAGCCCAGUCACGACACGGCUGCUACCGAACCAUCUGAAGUCGAAGGCAGUGCUGCCAACAAAGAAGGGUUAGCAAAAGUGAUAGACCUUACGCAUGACAACAAAGACGAUCUUCAGGCGGCCAUUGCUUUGAGUCUACUGGAGUCUCCUAAAAUUCAAGCUGAUGGAAGGGAUCUUAACAGAAUACAUGAGGCAAAUGCUGCAGAAACUAAACGCUCAAAGAGAAAACGUUGUGAAGUUUGGGGAGAAAACCCGAAUCCCAAUGACUGGAGGAGAGGGGAUGGUUGGCCAGUUGGGCUGAAAAAUGUUGGCAACACAUGUUGGUUCAGUGCUGUUAUUCAGUCUCUCUUUCAGUUGCCUGAAUUUCGAAGACUUGUUCUCAGCUAUGGUCUUCCACAGAACGUACUUGAAAAUUGUCGAAGUCACACUGAAAAGAGAAACAUCGUGUUUAUGCAAGAGCUUCAGUAUUUGUUUGCUCUGAUGAUGGGAUCAAAUCGAAAAUUUGUAGACCCUUCUGCAGCCCUGGACCUGCUAAAGGGAGCCUUCCGAUCAUCAGAGGAACAGCAGCAAGAUGUGAGUGAAUUCACACACAAGCUCCUGGAUUGGCUGGAGGAUGCGUUCCAGCUAGCUGUUAAUGUUAACAGCAAUCCCAGGAAUAAAUCUGAAAAUCCCAUGGUGCAGCUAUUCUACGGUACUUUCCUGACGGAAGGGGUUCGAGAAGGAAAGCCCUUUUGUAACAACGAGACCUUCGGCCAGUACCCUCUCCAGGUAAAUGGUUAUCGCAACUUAGAUGAAUGUUUGGAAGGAGCCAUGGUGGAAGGUGAAGUUGAGCUGCUCCCUUCUAACUGUUCAGUGAACUAUGGGCAAGAGCGUUGGUUUACAAAGCUACCUCCAGUGUUGACCUUUGAACUCUCCAGAUUUGAGUUCAAUCAAUCUCUUGGGCAGCCAGAGAAAAUUCAUAAUAAGCUGGAAUUUCCUCAGAUUAUUUAUAUGGACAGGUACAUGUACCGGAGCAAAGAGCUCAUUCGAAGUAAGAGAGAGUGUAUUCGCAAAUUGAAGGAGGAAAUACAAGUUCUGCAGCAAAAAUUGGAAAGGUAUGUGAAGUACGGCUCAGGUCCUGUUCGGUUCCCACUCCCGGACAUGCUGAAAUACGUUAUUGAAUUUGCGAGUACAAAACCUGCCUCUGAAAGCUGUCUGUCUCCAAGUGACAAGCACUUGACCUUACCGCUUCCUUCAGUGCACUGCCCAGUUUCUGAUCUCGCUUCUGAGGAAAGUGUAUGUCCAGAAGACUCUGCUGAAGACACUCUACUCAAAUCUGAGGUAAUGAAUGGGCCGCCUCCCUCUCCUCGGUCUUCCCUGGAAAUGCCUGCGUCCCCAGCUCCUCGGACCAUCACGGAAGAGGAGAUGAACUUUGUUAAGACUUGUCUUCAGAGGUGGAGGAGUGAGAUUGAACAAGAUAUACAAGAUUUGAAGAAUUGUAUUGCAAGCACCACCCAGACUAUUGAGCAGAUGUACUGUGAUCCUCUCCUUCGUCAGGUGCCUUAUCGCUUACAUGCGGUUCUUGUUCAUGAAGGACAAGCCAACGCUGGACAUUACUGGGCUUACAUCUAUAAUCAGCCCCGGCAAAUCUGGCUCAAAUACAAUGAUAUCUCUGUUACUGAGUCUUCCUGGGAGGAACUUGAAAGAGAUUCUUAUGGGGGCCUGAGAAAUGUCAGUGCUUACUGCCUGAUGUACAUUAAUGACAAGCUACCCCACUUCAGUGCAGAGGCAGCCGCUAAUGAAUCAGAUCAGAUGGCGGCAGAGGUGGAUGCCCUGUCUGAGGAGCUGAAGCAGUAUAUUCAGGAAGAUAACUGGAGGUUUGAGCAGGAGGUAGAGGAAUGGGAAGAAGAGCAGUCCUGUAAAAUCCCACAGAUGGAAUCUUCUCCCAGCUCAGCAUCGCAGGACUUUUCCACAACACAAGAAUCCCCGGCAGCAGCUUGUCAUGGAGUCCGCUGCUUGUCCUCUGAGCAUGCUGUGAUCGCAAAGGAACAGACUGCACAGGCCAUUGCAAACACAGCCCGUGCCUAUGAGAAGAGUGGCGUGGAAGCUGCGCUGAGUGAGGAGGCUGAACCCGAGAAGCCCAGACCCCAGGAAACAAACCUUGCAGAGCAGUCAGAACAGCCCCCAGAGGCUAAUGACACAGAGUCUGCUGCCCCACCCAACUCUGAGGUUUCUGAAGUGGAGAUUCCCAGUGUGGGAAGGAUUCUGGUUAGAUCUGAUGCAGAUGGCUAUGAUGAGGAGGUGAUGCUGAGCCCUGCCAUGCAAGGGGUCAUCCUGGCCAUAGCUAAAGCCCGCCAGACCUUUGACCGAGAUGGGUCUGAAGCAGGGCUUAUUAAGGCAUUCCAUGAGGAAUACUCCAGGCUCUAUCAGCUUGCCAAAGAGACCCCCACCUCUCACAGUGACCCUCGACUUCAGCAUGUUCUUGUCUACUUUUUCCAAAAUGAAGCACCCAAAAGGGUGGUAGAGCGGACCCUUCUGGAGCAGUUUGCAGAUAAAAAUCUUAGCUAUGAUGAAAGAUCAAUCAGUAUUAUGAAGGUAGCCCAGGCCAAACUGAAGGAAAUCGGUCCAGAUGACAUGAAUAUGGAAGAGUACAAGAGGUGGCAUGAAGAUUACAGUUUGUUUCGUAAGGUGUCUGUGUAUCUCCUAACAGGCCUGGAACUCUUUCAAAAAGGAAAGUACCAAGAAGCACUGUCCUACCUGGUGUAUGCCUACCAGAGCAACGCUGCCCUGCUAAUGAAGGGGCCCCGAAGGGGGGUCAAGGAGUCUGUGAUUGCUUUAUACCGCAGAAAGUGCCUUCUGGAGCUGAAUGCCAAGGCUGCUUCUCUCUUUGAAACAAAUGAUGACCACUCUGUCACGGAGGGCAUUAAUGUGAUGAAUGAGUUGAUCAUUCCCUGCAUUCACCUGAUCAUUAAUAACGACAUCUCCAAGGAUGAUCUGGAUGCUAUUGAGGUCAUGAGAAACCACUGGUGCUCUUACCUUGGGAAGGAUAUUGCAGAAAAUCUGCAGCUGUGCUUAGGGGAGUUCCUCCCCAGGCUUCUAGAUCCUUCCGCAGAAAUCAUCGUCUUGAAGGAGCCUCCAACUAUUCGACCCAAUUCUCCGUAUGACCUUUGCAGCCGGUUUGCAGCUGUCAUGGAGUCAAUUCAAGGUGUUUCGACUGUCACAGUGAAGUAAGCACUUCAUGUCAAGGCCCAGCCUGGUCUCUGGUUGCUGCCUGUUGCACAGCAAUUCUCUGUCACAGAUUCACCUGGGAAAAGAGACCAGGCAGAUGAGCAAGAUUCAAAUCUAUACCCUACUCAUGAUGCCUGUUAAAAGAAGAAUUAAGGACUAAGUUGCACUUCUUAGGUACAGAAUCAUGAAAGCUAUUUCACUAGAAAUGGCAGGAGCCAGUAUAUUAAGGUUUUGCAUUAUACCAGGAGACCCAGACUUUAUAAUUUCCUGUGAUACUAGGGCUUCUCUAAGCCUCUUGCCACUUUUUAAAUUACCCUUCAGGCACCAGUAUUUCUGACAGCAGAAUAGAAGAGUGCCUCACCAGAAUCUGAACCUGAGGAACAGCUAGUACUUCAUCGAGUGCAGGUGACAUUCAAAAUCCAUAGCUACCAGAAAUUGGUAAUAGAAGCCUUGCCUGGCUCUUGACAGGCAAUGGAAGAGGUGCUGAUGAGCCUCAGUCCUCUCCAUGUGGGUAGAGCCUAGGUCGUGUGGCAGCAAGUGCCACAAAGCCAAGGGGCUACCUCUCCUUUCGUUCUUCUGUUUUGUAUUUUAAAUGAACCAGAAAACCUCACACUCAGUCUUGAGUGAAAGAAAAGAAAGCAUUAAGGACUUUCAACUGAAAGGCAUUAUGAAGCCAGAGUAGCAUUUUAAUAGUUGUUAAGCAUGUAAGCAGAAUUUUCCAGUAUCUGAAAAUUGUCAAAAAUCAUGUGUCUAGGGCUACUCUGGCCCAACAGAACAAUUUGAUUCCCCUCUCCAAUUUUUUUUUCUUUUAGAAAUAAGGAAUGUUGAUUUGUAAAAAGAAAAGAAUUAUCUAUAUGUAUAUGUAGAGAGAAAACCGUUUUUAAAGGACUCCUAAUUGGGAACUAGUGUUUUAACUAAAUUUUAAAGAUUAAUGGAAGAGUCGUAGGAGGGAAGAACACUUGAUAAAACUAUGCAGAUUUUAUAAAUGUGCAAUAAAAGUAUUUCUUUUA